AUGAAGCAAAAUAUCUUAGUGGAAUUGCUCACUUUUUGGAAAAGUUGGCAUUUUCGUCCACAGACCGCUUUGACAGCAAAGAUGGAAUUCUGCUUACUUUGGAAAAGCAUGGGGGUAUUUGUGACUGCCAGACGUCAAGACACCACCAUGUAUGCUGUGUCUGCUGAUUCUAAAGGCCUGGAUACGGUGGUUGGCUUGCUGGCUGAUGUGGUCCUGCACCCCAGGCUCACAGAGGAAGAAAUUGAGAUGGCUCGAAUGGCUGUCCAAUUUGAGCUGGAGGACCUCAAUAUGCGGCCUGACCCGGAACCACUUCUCACCGAGAUGAUUCACGAGGCUGCUUACAGGGAAAACACAGUUGGCCUCCACCGUUUCUGCCCUACAGAAAACAUAGCAAAGAUUGACCGAGAAGUGCUCCAUUCCUACCUGAGAAACUACUACACCCCUGACCGCAUGGUGCUGGCAGGGGUGGGGAUCGAGCAUGACCACCUGGUGGAAUGUGCCAGAAAGUACCUCCUGGGCACCCAGCCGGCCUGGGGAAGCCAGGCAGCUGUGGACGUUGACCGAUCGGUAGCACAGUACACCGGAGGGGUUGUCAAGCUAGAAAGAGACAUGUCCAAGGUCAGCCUGGGCCCUGCUCCGUUCCCUGAGCUCACUCACAUCAUGAUAGGGCUGGAGAGCUGCUCCUUCUUGGAGGCAGACUUCAUUCCCUUCGCUGUGCUGAACAUGAUGAUGGGUGGCGGCGGCUCCUUCUCGGCCGGCGGGCCCGGCAAGGGCAUGUUCACCAGGCUCUACCUCAACGUGCUCAACAGGCACCACUGGAUGUACAACGCGACCGCCUACCACCACAGCUACGAGGACACAGGCCUCUUGUGCAUCCAUGCCAGCGCUGACCCCAGACAGGUUCGAGAAAUGGUGGAGAUCAUCACAAAGGAGUUCAUUUUAAUGGGCGGAACCGUGGACGUGGUGGAGCUGGAGCGAGCCAAGACGCAGCUGAUGUCCAUGCUCAUGAUGAACCUGGAGUCCAGGCCUGUGAUUUUUGAGGACGUGGGGAGGCAGGUGUUGGCAACCCGUUCCAGAAAGCUGCCCCAUGAGCUGUGCGCACUUAUCCGCAACGUGAAGCCAGAGGACAUUAAGAGAGUUGCUUCUAAAAUGCUUCGCGGGAAGCCAGCAGUGGCUGCCUUGGGUGACCUGAGUGACCUGCCAACCUACGAGCACAUCCAGGCAGCGCUGUCCAGCAGAGAUGGGCGCCUACCCAGGACCUACCGGCUCUUCCGGUAGACGGAUGAGGGUGUGUUUACACACACAUUUCUUUGGAGAUCAGUUUAGUGCAAAAACUCAAGAGUGAUGCAAGCCACAGGAUGCUUCUCCUCAAUGUGAAUGCACAAGUUUAAUAUCGCUGAGCACAGCUCGGCUUCUUCCUCAGAACUGAACAUGCAGCCCUUGAAUAAACAUUUGCCUUUAGCACUCCACUCAGAAAGUGAAGUGCAGAGAGGCUCCAAGCAGCA